GCGGCGGCGGCGGCGGCACCGGCACCAGCGCAGUUUCCCCUCUCCCCAGCCUGGCUCCACGCGCACAUGCGCACUGCGCCCGCAGCCCUGGACCAUUUGUCAGGACUACUCGGGAGACGGAGAAAAAAAAGAGAGCGAGAGAAAAUUUGGGGGUUCAAAAAGAAAUCAUGACUGAGUCUGCCUCGAGCACGAGCGGCCAGGAGUUCGACGUGUUCAGCGUCAUGGACUGGAAAGACGGCGUGGGCACGUUACCUGGAAGUGACCUAAAGUUUCGAGUAAAUGAGUUUGGAGCCCUGGAAGUUAUUACAGAUGAGAGUGAGAUGGAAAAUGUUAAAAAGGCAACUGCUACCACCACGUGGAUGGUGCCAACCGCUCAAGAAGCCCCGACCUCUCCCCCGAGCUCCAGGCCCGUAUUUCCACCUGCCUACUGGACAUCUCCACCCGGAUGUCCCACAGUCUUUUCAGAGAAGACUGGAGUACCUUUCCGGUUGAAGGAACCGAUGAAAGUAGACGGGCUUCAGUUCUGUGAGAACUGUUGUCAGUACGGCAGCGUAGAUGAGUGCCUUCCUGGAGGAGGCUUUUGCAGCCAGAAUUGUGCUCGGCAUGUCAAAGACAAAGAUCAGAAGGAAGAGAGGGACACAGGAGAGGACAACGAGGAAGAGGACCCUAAAUGUAGUCGGAAGAAAAAACCGAAGUUAUCCCUGAAAGCCGACGCCAAGGAGGAUGGUGAAGAGAGAGAUGAUGAAAUGGAAACCAAACAAGAUGGAAGAAUCCUGAGGGGCUCGCAGAGAGCCCGGAGGAAAAGGCGUGGGGAUUCGGCCGUCCUGAAGCAGGGUCUGCCUCCUAAAGGCAAGAAAGCUUGGUGCUGGGCGUCCUUUCUGGAAGAGGAGAAGGCUGUGGCGGUGCCUGCAAAACUCUUUAGGGAGCACCAGUCGUUCCCCUACAACAAGAAUGGAUUCAAGGUCGGCAUGAAGCUGGAAGGCGUGGACCCUGAACAUCAGUCUGUGUACUGCGUGCUCACCGUGGCCGAGGUUUGUGGGUACCGAAUAAAGCUGCACUUCGAUGGGUACUCCGACUGCUAUGACUUCUGGGUAAAUGCGGACGCGCUGGACAUCCACCCUGUGGGCUGGUGCGAGAAAACCGGCCACAAGCUCCAUCCUCCGAAAGGCUAUAAAGAAGAAGAAUUUAAUUGGCAGACCUAUCUUAAGACAUGCAAAGCCCAAGCAGCCCCGAAGUCAUUAUUUGAAAAUCAGAAUAUAACGGUGAUCCCAUCAGGCUUUCGAGUUGGAAUGAAGCUUGAAGCUGUAGACAAAAAGAAUCCUGCAUUCAUCUGCGUUGCUACGGUAACAGAUAUGGUGGACAAUCGUUUCCUGGUGCAUUUUGACAACUGGGAUGAGAGCUAUGACUAUUGGUGUGAAGCAUCCAGUCCACACAUUCAUCCCGUUGGCUGGUGUAAAGAACACAGAAGAACCCUCAUUACUCCUCCAGGCUAUCCAAAUGUGAAGCAUUUUUCCUGGGAUAAAUACCUUGAAGAAACCAAUUCUUUACCUGCCCCUGCAAGAGCCUUUAAAGUGAAACCUCCACAUGGCUUCCAGAAGAAAAUGAAGCUGGAGGUCGUAGAUAAGAGGAACCCCAUGUUCAUUAGAGUCGCGACGGUCGCAGACACGGAUGAUCACCGAAUAAAGGUUCACUUCGAUGGCUGGAGCAGUACGUAUGACUACUGGAUAGAUGCUGAUUCCCCUGAUAUCCACCCUGUGGGCUGGUGUUCCAAGACCGGACACCCUCUUCAGCCUCCUUUGAGCUCUGUAGAGUUAAUGGAAGCCUCUGACCAAGGCGGAUGCCCAACGCUUGGCUGCAAGGGGCUUGGCCACUUUAAGCGCUCCAGGCACCUAGGCCCUCAGAGUGCUGCCAGCUGUCCCUACUCAGAUAUCAAUUUGAAUAAAGAACGCAUUUUCCCAGACCGCUUAAGUGGUGAGAUGCAUGUACCCAGCCUCGCAUUUCCAAGAGCGAAGAAGACAGACACAAAUGAAAGCCCCUCGCCUCCUGAAGUCAGAGACCAGCAUACUGAUGCUGCCAAAGAAGACCUUGAAGAGAGGACAGAAGGUGAAAAGAGGCCACCGCAAGAAGCCAGAGGAGCCCGGGAAGAUCCUCCGGUGCCGCAGGCGCAGCGCCGGUCAGCCGUGUUCCUGUCCUUCAAGUCCCCAAUUCCAUGCUUGCCCUUGCGCUGGGAACAGCAAAGCAAACUUCUCCCGACUGUCGCCGGCAUCCCUGCCAGCAGGGUGUCCAAGUGGAGCACAGAUGAGGUGUCAGAAUUCAUCCAGAGCUUGCCUGGCUGUGAGGAACACGGAAAAGUCUUUAAGGAUGAACAAAUUGACGGAGAAGCCUUUCUACUUAUGACCCAAACAGACAUUGUUAAAAUUAUGAGCAUUAAGCUGGGCCCUGCUCUCAAAAUCUUCAACUCUAUUCUGAUGUUCAAGGCUGCAGAGAAGAAUUCCCACAACGAACUUUGAGGGUGGCGACCUCUCGGUCCCACCAGUUUUCUGCUUCACAGCUCAUGUUUUAUUCAAAGCACAAGGACGGUUAGAACUCUACAUGAGAAGUCUCCAAAACUCAAAAGAGCAACACUAUCGGAUUAUUUAUAUUCCUUGAGAGACAAUAUAUGAAUUCUUAAAGUACGUGAGCUUUUAACCAGGUACUGUCUAAAAACAGUCAUCUUUUGGUUCUGUUCACUGAGCUAAAUUUAUCUUUGUAAAUCUUUUUGUGGCUGGGGGGGGUGGGGGAAAGGGGGAACCUCAUUAAUUAUUUAUGGACAAAGGGGGGCAGAGUAAGAACUUUUGGCAUUUUGUAAACAUUGUUGAAUUCUCUUUCAUGUACACUGUUUCUUUUUCAAUACUUUCAGAAACCUUUUUAUAUAAUUGAAUUUCAACUUAAACCAAAUUAGUCAAAACCUGGCUAGAUAGCCAGUGGGACUGUUACCUGUAUUGUUCCUUUUGUGCCAUAUUUUGAAUUGCAACAUUAUGCUAAGUAUGACUUUGCCAAGUCAUG